UUCAACAUUUUAUUGUUUAUUAUAAAAGUCGUCUUGCGAUGACAUUUUAUCCGACCGUUUGAUGUACGAGGACGUGUGGGUGGUCUGAUGCAAUCCUCCCUCCCGUGUUAUCAGUUGUACUAAUGUUUACAAUGAACACAACGUGCCGCACAAUCCGAGCGGGUUUUACACACGUUUUCAGUUAAUCCACAGUAGUUGUCGUUUUAUUUUUGAGGUGGCAUACAUUUGUCAUUUAAGCGGGGAAUCAGUCAGUCGCACGCGCGCACGGGAAACCACAAUAGAGUAGAAAGUAGACCUUUGAUGAGGUGACCUUUGCGAGGGGACACGUUGCAACUUAAAAAAAAUAGAAUUCAAACAAACUGCUCGACACGUUUCCGUAUUUCCAUUCAAUGUUGUGGUCCUGGUGGUCCUAGAUGGAUAACUCGCCCCGGGAGUAGGGCGUGGGUGACCGUAGUGCUGCGUUCACAGACCCCCGAAUUUCUACCAAUUCCCAGAAUUAUCGCUAAACAAAACAGACCCUGUAUUAAAAUAUAUAACUCUGAAUGCUGGUACAACAUUGACCAACUAACGUUAAUGGUCUGAUAUCCACGUCCGCUAUAACCCGUUGUACCAGACAAACUCUAUAAGCACCAGGUCUGUGUGUACAUUGGGCAACACAUUCUACGAAGGCAACAUAUCCACCACGCGAGAACCGAGCAGAGCCACGUAGCUAGCUGGUGUCUUCUUCCCUGACAGAUGGACAGCUGAACAUCGCCUAGUAUAUCUGACACUGUCCAUAAAUAAGGUCCUAAUCUGCUGCUGCAAAACACUGUAACUACAGACCUGCUGCUUCUUGUUCUGCGUGCUCGAGUGACUGUUGCCCAAGUCUUCCCACCUCCACUGAAGGAUCAAUAAGCAACUUGCUUUAACUACCCAUCUGCCCAAAGUCCUGCUACGCACAGAUCAGUCACACGUGUUCAGUCUGAGCUGUGUCAAUCGCACACACACCCACACUAGAAGGAUUUAAAACACAGCCCGGUUCAGCGCCCACACACACAGUCACAGCAAAUAUGGCCUCCAAGCUGGCCAACUUUGGCAAAACCCUGCUGCGCCGCCGGGCCCUAGACUGCUCUUGUGUAGAGACCCGGUUCGCCCGCUGCCUGUCCACGCUGGACCUCAUUGCCUUGGGCGUGGGCUCCACGCUCGGCGCCGGCGUUUACGUCCUCGCCGGCGAGGUCGCCCGCGAAAAGGCAGGUCCGGCUAUUGUCCUCUGCUUCCUCAUCGCCGCUCUGUCCUCCAUGUUGGCCGGCCUGUGCUACGCUGAAUUUGGCGCCCGAGUCCCCAAAACGGGCUCGGCGUACCUUUACAGCUACGUGACAGUCGGAGAAAUCUGGGCCUUCAUCACUGGGUGGAACCUCAUCCUCUCCUAUGUGAUAGGUACGGCCAGUGUUGCCAGGGCAUGGAGCUCGACGUUUGACAGCUUGGUCGAACAAAAGAUUUCUGGCUUCUUUAAAGCCUCCAUGACGAUGAAGGUGCCAGGGAAUGUGCUGGCAGAGUACCCGGACCUGUUCGCCCUCAUCCUGGUCCUGCUGCUCUCUGGACUUCUGGCCUUCGGCGUGAACGAAUCGGCGCUGGUGAAUAAGAUCUUCACAGGCAUCAAUCUGGUGGUUCUGGGCUUCGUGAUCAUCUCUGGCUUUGUUAAGGGGGACUCGACCAACUGGAACCUGACGGAGGAAGACUACAUCAGCUUCAUAAACAGCACCAACAGCAGCAGGCUUCCGAAAGUCGAGAAGGAAUUCGGCAUGGGUGGCUUCGCUCCGUUUGGCUUGAAUGGAGUCCUGUCUGGUGCUGCCACCUGCUUCUACGCCUUCGUGGGCUUUGACUGCAUCGCCACAACAAGCGAAGAAGCAAAGAACCCCAUGCGUUCCAUUCCCAUUGGCAUCGUCGCCUCGCUGCUGAUCUGUUUUUUCGCCUACUUUGGUGUGUCUGCCGCUCUAACCCUCAUGAUGCCGUACUACCAGUUGGACAUCCAGAGUCCUCUGCCCGAGGCCUUCACUUACGUCGGCUGGUCUCCAGCCAGAUACAUCGUGGCUGUGGGCUCUCUCUGCGCCCUGUCCACCAGCCUCCUCGGCUCUAUGUUCCCCAUGCCCCGUGUUAUCUAUGCCAUGGCGGAGGAUGGGCUGCUGUUCCGUAUUCUGUCCAGGAUGAACCCUCGCACCAAGACUCCUCUCCUGGCUACCAUUGCGUCUGGCAUUGUUGCAGCUCUGAUGGCCUUCCUGUUCGACCUGGCAGCUCUGGUCGACCUCAUGUCCAUUGGAACUCUGUUGGCGUACUCUUUAGUGGCCAUCUGUGUCCUCAUCCUCAGGUACCAGCCAGGCACCCUGAGUUCCUCCAGCCAGACGGAGAAGCUUGUGGAGCUGGUGGAGGGGGAGAAGGUGGCUGUAAGUGGAGGGGACAGUGGCGACGAGUACGGCAUGGAGACGGAGGAGAAGCCGCUCCGCGAGACCUUCACCGCCAAGCUGCUCUUCUGCCCGAGUGGAAAGAUCCCAACGAAGAUCUCCGGGAACAUCGUCUACGCCACCACGGCUAUUAUUUCACUUUUUAUGACGGUACUGUGCGUUAUCCUCGCCAACUGUCUCAAAGAGCUGCUGGCCGGGCACGCGGCCGUCGUGGUGCCAUGCGUCAUCUUGACCCUGCUCUGCAUCGUCUGUUUUGUCAUCAUCUGCAGGCAGCCUGAGAGCAAAGAGGCUCUCACCUUCAAGGUCCCUCUGCUUCCCGCGUUGCCCCUGUUCAGCGUUUUCGUCAACAUCUACCUCAUGAUGCAGCUGGACCGGGGGACAUGGUGCCGCUUCGCUGUGUGGAUGCUUAUUGGUUUCGCCAUCUACUUCCUCUAUGGCAUGAAGAACAGCAGUGAAGCUGCCAAAAGGUCCUCCCCACGUAAAUACGAGCCCGCGCUGCAGACCAAGGGCCCGAUUUACACUGGCGCUGCGGACGACAGCGACAUGGAAGCAGGCAGCAGCCCCUGAUGCACGCGGACGUAGACCUGGGGGAGGGUUGCCGCAGCAUCUGCACUCAUUUUUGGCAGUCUGGUUGAACUAGCGGCCAAAUGCUGCAAUGUAGGCGGCUCGGAACGCAGCCCUGGGUUUAAAAGGGAGGCGAGGCAACACACACACAUCUUACCUCUGGUCUGGGGGCUGAUUAACUUGAUGGCUGGACACUGUGAGAGAGCCGCUCUCUGGCCCAUGCUUCUGUUUCAAUCUGUCUGUCUUGUCUGUACUUAGCCGUAGCCCUCUGGGAGAUCUUCACCUGCCUCUAACACAUGCUACGAAUAGACCUAACUAACAAAGAGUUCCGCGGGUCUCCUCAUCCAAUCUGGUUUCCGUCAUCUUGAAGAAUGUUAGACUUUUAACUGUUCUCGUCUUUGCUUCCUCUCCGUUUGUUGGUGGCUGCGUGUGGAGCCACUAGGGGCAGAUAACUACUAUGUGCAUCACUAAAGAUUAGCACUUACCUUAUGAUCGACACUUGAAUCAAUCAGCUUAGACCUCAGUAAGCACAAGCCACCGCAAAGUGACAGGGCCUUCAGUAGUUGGCGUGUCUAGUUUGUUUGUGAGUAAAAGGACGCAGAGGCUGUUGCUUGUCGGGUCAGUAGCACAGAGACGACGCUGAUGUCAUCUGCACCGUUCGGUUCGGUAUCGGAGGCCGGAGAACAUUACAGAUCGCACUUCUGCCCCUCUGCCCCCAGACAACAGCCACACACAGUCGCUGUACACAGCACCCUGUUUUAAAAUGGGAUGUCGCUUAUUGUAAAUUAUUCAAUUUUGUUCUUGCUUAUAGACGCGUUGAAAUGGUAUUUUGUGGCCUUUGUUCCAAACUAAACCAAAUAACUAAAAUGUUUUUAAAAAGGCUUUUAACAGAAAUGAACUGCAAGAGUCAUAGGAUUUACCCAUAUUUGGUUGAAUAUGAUUUUUCUCCAAAACAUAGCUAUGAAUUUUAAUAAAACCCAUCUAGUUAAUUAGAUGAUUCCAGAUCAUUUACACACUUUGCACCCGUCUGUUUCAUAUUCUUUGCGCGGCUGUAUCGAGCUAUUUUUGGCAGAUCUGAGGAGGUUGAUGAGAUUUGCACUCAACACGCACAUUGAUGACAUUAAGUUAUCCCUGACGAGCAUUAAGAACUUCAGUUCAUAUAAUCUGUCCACCUCCGACUGAUCUGGGAGCUGUGGAUCUGUUUCUGACCGUCUUUCAUCAACUUAAUCACCUUUUUGUUUUUACUUUCUUGUGAAAAGACUCACAAAGGUUCUUGUUUAGUUUCAAUUGAAACUUGUUCUUGGCGGCUUUGUCUGUUGAGUUCACUUUUACUUUUAUUGUAUUCAACUGUACUUUGUGUUUACUACUUUAUUUACUUCUACUGAUAGAACCGUUAAUAUUCGUUUGAGUAUUGUUUGUUAGGGACAGGUUGCUGUUGUGUCAUAUCGGUUGCAAUCGGUUUAAUAUCAUUUUUAGAUGUUAAUGUAUUUUAAUUGUUACAUGUACAGUUUUUAGUUUGCUUUUUUGGUCUCUUCUUGUUUUUACAUGUCUUGCGUCAAAUGAUUUAAUCCUUUCGACCAAAUGAACUUGUCUUUAGAAACAAAGACUGACCACUAACAGUUGGUCUCUAAAUUGUGAAAUAUGAAAGAAACUGUUUUUACCCCAACCUUGUAGAGUCGAUAUAACUUAUUGUUUAUAGUAUGUUUAUUGUUCGAGCAUAGAGCUUUACUGUAGAAUGUACAGUAUUUGUUUGAGGAUGUAUCUCUAUUUGUAUAAUGCUGUAAAUUAUACAAACACUUUCUUUAACAUAUGACUUUGAGUAUAAUUUGUUCAGAGAUGUUUUUUGUAAAUUACAUUGGUAGGUGUUUCAUUUGACACCUAAAGCUACUGAAAUCCACAAUAUACAAAUUGAGCCCUUUUUUAGAUAAAAAUUGUCCCGCUGGAUGUUGAAGCGUUUCUGUCGAUGCUCAAAGAUGUUUCUCAAGUUUCUAGAUUCGAGAGGACUUGAAUCAAUAGACUGGUGCCUAAAGAAGCAUCUUUCUGCCUGAGAAACACACGUGGGUCGGUCAAACAAAAGGCCCAGCUGCAUUUGGGACAAUUCAAAUACCGGAAUUAUGAGCUCUGCCUGCCAGCGAUAUCAUUAAAGGGUUUUGUGGCAGUGACGUGCGUCACACAGAGCUCUUCAUACUCAGCCCUUGUGCCUUUCAAACAUCAAUUCUAUCAUCUCUCCAUCUCAUUAACAGCAUUUCUUUCCCUUUGUUUUAUAUUCUGUACAUAUCGCUGACAUGUAAAAAAUGAGCUGUAUUUUCAGUGUUUUUUUAAAUAAAAUAAUUCAUGCUUAUGGCAGACAGA